GGUGGUGGCCCCGGUGGCCUCACUCUCGCUGCUACCCUUGCUCGACACAACUCCUCCCUUGGUUCCCACGAAUCUGCCGAAGCAGUCGCUAUCGACAUUUACGAGGCUCAGCCCGAACUAGCCACCGUCGGCGCGGGGGUCAGUAUAUAUCCGAGAACGCAGACCAUACUCAGACAUUUGAGUUUGCUGGAGGACGAAUUGAACAAAGAGAUUGACACACCUGGUUUCACAGCAUCAUUCACGUAUAGAAAGAGUGACCAGUCCGGAGGAUUUAACUUUUAUUCGCAUUCGAGCAUGCCCGGUACUGGCCCUCCCAUCCUGAUACAUCGUUCCAACCUCCUCAAAGCCCUGCAAUCUGCCCUACCAUCCUCCAAUACACAGUUAUGCGCCAUCCAUCCAUCGCAUCGUUUGGAACUCGAAUCAGGACCCAUAACGCUCCACUUCGCCAACGACAAGACCGCAACGGCCGAUGUACUCAUUGGAGCAGACGGGAUCCGGUCGACUGUGCGUAAAGUCAUGAAACGAGCCAUGGCAGAAGACGAUGUGCGAGAAUGUGCGGAAGCGAGAUGGAGCGGGACGGUUGCGUACCGGAGCCUAGUGAGGAAGGAGCGGUUGGCUGAGGCGUGGAGGGAGAGAGGGAAAGAGAGUGAACAUAGGCUGAUGAAGUACCCAAUCAUUGUGAGUCGGACAAAAUAUAACGAUAAUCACAUAGUCUCAUAUCCGAUCCCAUCAACUCCCUAUGUCAACCUUAUUGCCUUCGUCACCAUUCCGCACGGUUAUGGGACGGUGUACCCUGACAAGUCUUGGGUCCAGGAGGUAAGCCCGGAAGAGUUGAAGGAGGCAUGCGUAGGUAUGGAAGAGGAGGUUGAGGCUUUACUUGAUUGUGGAGAGACUACGAACAAGUGGGCUAUCCAUAUGCAUGGUAAGAUGCCCAGAUACGCCCGGGAGAACGUUGCUAUCUUAGGAGAUGCGGCCCACGCAAUGGAGACGCACCUCGGAACGGGCGCAGGACAAGCAAUGGAGGUAAGUUUUUCUUCUGACGGCUACCUCCUCGGCCGACUCCUCACCCACCCUCUAACAACACGGAAGACGAUCGAUAAAGGUCUUCACAUCUAUGAAUCCAUCCGGAUGCCAUUCUCCAAUAAGGUCGUGAACAUCGCGCAUGAGCUGGGAAAGUUGUACGAGUUUGGCGGGGUUGAUGUGGAUGACGAAGGUGAAGUGUAUCGAGAUGGAGGUGGAGGUGGAGGUGCAUCCCACUAUUAA